UCUUAUCAGUAGGAGGGUGGAUGAACAGGGCAGGGAAAACCCAGACCUUGGAAACAAGGUGAGAGAAGCAUAGUUUUGGAGUGUGUGAAAGAGGAAAGAGUUUAUUGAGUCUAUAUUGCUAUAUUUGAUAUGUCAUUUUGAGAUUAAUUAUGAAUAAUCAAAAUUAAGGACGAAAGAAAGAAAGAAAGAAAGAAAGAAAGAAAGAAAGAUAUAUUAUUUCACUUUUUACUUGGAUAUCCACUAAAGAACUUCUGUAACGGUGAUGACAGAGCAGAGAAAAAGUGGGAGAGAGCGAAGAGGUGAGGUCUCUCCCGACCAGAGCACGUGUGUGUGUGUAUAUGAGCAAGCGAAUGAACAUAGUGAAGCUGAAAAGCAACAGAGUAGUGAAAAUAAAGUCUGUGUUAACAUAAUUUCCCGCCUGUCUGCGCUUUAGUAUUUCACCCACGUCAGGGACAUACUACAGUGGUGCCGAAACCCAGGAUACUGAAGGCAACCACCUAUGGACUCCUCCCUGCUCAAGGACCUCAUGCAUGCCCUUGCUGAUGCCCAACAGAGCCAGCACCAAAUGCUGAUUGCUCUCUGAAAGGAGCAAGAACAACGCUUUGAAGCCUUGCUGCUGGCCCAGCAGGAAGAUCACCAGGCAUUCCAGCGCCUGCUCACAUCGGCGAGGUCCUCAACCGCCACCGCUGUGGACCCACCCCAGGUCAAGCUUACAAAGAUGGUCUCGCAUGACAACCCAGAAGCCUUCAUCGUGCUCUUUGAGCAAGUGGCUGAAGCAUGGGGGUGGCUGGUCGAGUAAUGUGCAGCUUGUCUACUACUGCUGCUGUCUAGAGAGGCCUAGCUCCCCGCGCAACAGCUCCCUGCUGACAGUCGGCUCAAAUACUCUGACUUGAAGUGAGUCAUCCUGCAGCAUAUCAGCUGCUCCCCAGAACAACACUGUCAGCACUUACACACACCUGCUGGCAUUGGCUGAGGGCGGAAGGCCAUGACGCAGAGGGGAUCAUCAACAUGGUAGUGCUGGAGCAGUUCAUCAUGCAGCUGCUGGAAGGGACAGCGGAGUGGGUCCAGUGCCAUCGCCUGGUAUCGCUGAAUUGAGCAAUCAAGUUGGCGGAGGAUGAUUUGGCAUUGGUUCCAGUGGCAGGCAGACACCCUGCCUCUUCUCUCUCUCUCUCUCUCUCUCUCUCUCUCUCUCUCCCUCUCACUUCUCCCCAUCCCUGCCCCAUUCACCCACCACAGAAACCCCAUUCCCCCACCAUGGAAAUCGCUGUAGAAAUUCUCUCCCUUUUGUGUCUGUCUCCCCCCCCCAGGUGAAUGAUCCCCAAAUUGCUGGUGCAGAGGUGAAGCCUGGGCCAGUCUACUGGUGCUGCAGGGAACCUGGGCAUCUCCAGGUCCAGUGCUCUGCGAUGGAGGUGGGAACUGUGGUCUGGAUCCCCAACGCGCCAGAGACCACCCUCGAUCGGGCUGGAGCAUAUCGCAUACCAUACAGCAUUGAACACACCAAUCCCUGUACGUGAUGCCAUGUUCUAUCUCCACCCAUUCUUCUGACUCCCUGUAAUGGUAUUGGAUACAGAGAUGAUACCGGAUACCAAAUACAGUGACGUCACGACUGUGCUUUAAACCCAAAUCGUGGCAGAAUCGAAAUUCUUUCUCUCUGGCGGUGGGUUUCCACACAUGAAAGAGAGACGUCGUUGCAUCUGUGCUACAGGAGAACAAAGGUCAAAGAACGAGCUAUUGAUACCGGACCUUUAGCCAAAGUUCAAUGUAUUUGAUCUUCACAUAGUUGCAAUAAUAACUGAACCGGUUAGUUACUGCAGCCCACGCAGUAUUUUAAAGAGAAAAUGCGACCGGAUCCCUUUUCCCUUUCUCAACAUCGAUGAACUACAAACAAGAUUCCUUCCAGAUCAUCGUACAACCAAUGGGACACCGAAGAUCUUCAGCUGAUGAGCUGUGAAAGUGAAAGGAACAGAACUGUUUUCUCCCCGGACCUACACUCUGCGCUGUCUUCGGAUAACAGAUGGUGCACUUUCAGUCGCCAAACAAGAGCGAUCUCAAACUGAGACUCCUGUAAAAUGAAGUGCUACCUGAGACAGAUGCUCAGAAACUACCUGGCCAAGCGCAGACUUUGUCAAAAACGGUUGGUGACAAAGGAUGGCCACUGUAACAUUGAAUAUGGCAAUGUGAAGUACAGCGACUUCUUUGCCUAUGUGCUAGACUUCUGGACCACCUUUGUAGAGAUCCGCUGGCGUUUUGUUUUUGUCUUCUUUGUGGCCUCAUUCACUCUUAGCUGGUUCAUUUUUGGACUCCUAUGGUAUUGGAUUGCCCGCAACAAUGGAGAUUUGGCUUGGCAAAAUCCAUCAGCUAACCACAAAGUAUGUGUACUUAAUCUACAUGGGCUGACGACUGCCUUCCUCUUCUCCAUGGAAACACAGACAACGGUGGGGUUUGGGGGACGAGAUAUCACUCCAUACUGCCCUAGUGCUAUUGCUCUCAUUAUUAUCCAGACUCUUGUGGGUGCAAUCAUUAACUGCUUCUGGUGUGGAGUGGUGAUGACCAAAAUAUCUCUGCCCAAGAAAAGGGUCAAGACCAUAGCAUUUAGUGAGAUGGCAGUUGUCUGUCCAAAUAGAGGAGUCCUCUGUUUGCAGAUAAGAGUGGCUAACUUGCGUAAAUCUUUGCUGAUUGGCAGCCAGAUCUAUGGAAAGCUGCUUAGAACAACAGUAACUCCUGAAGGUGAAACCACCAUCCUGGAUCAGGUCAAUGUUGACUUUAUGGUAGACGUUGGAAAGGAUAACCUGUUUUUUGUAUGCCCUUUGACCUUAUGUCAUGUGAUUGACAAAACGAGUCCAUUCUUUGAGAUGUCAGUGGAGACUUUAAAUCAACAAGAGUUUGAGUUGGUGGUGUUUCUUGAGGGAAUGGCCGAGUCCACCAGCUCUUCUUGCCAGGUCAGGACUUCUUACCUACCUCAAGAAAUUAUGUGGGGAUACAAGUUUCUGCCCAUCAUUUCCCGCAGCAAAGAGGGCAGGUAUCGUGUGGACUUUUCCAAUUUUGCCAGAGUGGAGCCAACAGUGACUGCCAACUCAGCCAAAUGCAUCAAUAAUUAUAACCAUUAUUAUCACUGCACCACAAAUGGCUUUGAUAAUCAUGGCUUUGUCGUCAUCAACAUUGACAAUUCUAUUGAUACUAAAAUGUGAAUUUUUAGGGUUUAGGAGGUUUUGAUAAUUUUGAUUCACUUACUACAUUAAACACAGAGAUAUGAAGUCUUCAUGACAUAUUUAAAAUUAUAAAAUUUAAUAUGAAGAUUUAUCAAAAUUGUAAAAAGUCAGGAAAUCCAAUCGAACAUGUGAGCUUAUAGCUUUACAGUACACUUGAGCUUAUAUUAUAACAAGCACACGAUCUGGCUUGGGUUUAAGGUCUAACAGUACAAAUGACAUACUUUCUAAAAUUUGUGGAGGAUAUCAUUUUUGUACUUUUAUGCUAGAAUAAAAUUCCGAUAUGUGUGAAUGCUGAGAUACUGUUCCAGAGUACUUGAUGUACAUAAACUAAGUAAGGCUUUAGAUUAAAAGUUUGGUUGUCAUUGCAGUAUUUCAUACUACUACUACUACUACAACCCCAAAUCAGUAAAUGUUGGAAAAGUAUGUUGAAAUUUAAGUUAAAACUGAAAAGAAUGAUUUGUAAAUCAUCAUCUUUGACCUAUGUUGCAUGCAAAACAAUACAGCGGCACAUUAUUUGAUGUUUUACCUCAUGAAUUUUAUCGCUUUUUUCAAAUUAAACACUUGUUUCAGUUUUGAUUCUUGCAACACAUUUUAAAAAAAGUUGGGAUGUUAAAGUAUUUACCACUUUACAAUGUUGCCAUUCCUUCUCACAACGCUUAAAAGAUGUUUAGGGACUGACGACACCAAGGGAUGAAGUGUUUGUGUUAUUUUGUCCCAUUCUUUCUGCAAACAGAUCUUAAGAUGUGCAACAGCAUGAGGUUGUAAUUGUAAUAUUUGUCAUUUCAAAAUUUGCCACACAUUCUCUAUUAGGCACAGAGGGGACAGGCACCCUCUUCUUCUGCAGCCAUGCCUUUGUAAUGUGUGCAGAAUGUGGGUUUGCAUUGUCUUUUUGAAAUAUCCCUGGAAAUGGCAGUCUUGAAGGUAGCAGAUGUUGCUUCAACAUCUCAGUGUACUUUUCUGAAUUAAUGCUGCCAUCACAGAAGUGCAAGUUACCUUUGCCAGAGCACUGACACAACUCCAUACUAUGAGAGAGCCUGGCUUUUGGACCUGUUGCUGGUAAGAGCCUGGAUGGUCCUUCUCAUCUUUAGUCCGGAGCACACAGUGUCCAUUUUUUCCCCCAAAAACAACCUGGAAUACUGAUUCAUCUGACCACAACACAAGUUUCCACUGUGUAAUGGUGCAUGCAAGAUACCUCCAAGCCCGGGGACCUCAACAACACUUCAGGGCACAGUUAACAUAAAGCUUCCUUUUUGCACAGUAAAGUUUAACCAGCAUUUGUGGAUGUAACUCCAUACUUUAGUGCUUGACAAAAGUUUGCCUAACUAAUCCCAAGCCCAUGUGGUUAUAUCAGCCGAGCCUAUGUGGUUAUAGGCUUGUACCAUUGCCCUCCAUACACUGAAAUUCCUCCAGAUUUCUUGAAUCAUUUAAUGAUAUUAUGCACCAUAGAGGAUGAAAUAUCCAAAUCCCUUCCUUUCUUUGAAGAACAUUGCUUUUAAAUAUUUCAAUGAUUUUCUCACACAUUUGUUGACAAACUGGAGAUCCUUGGCACAUCUUUGCUCCUCAAAGACUUGGCUUUUCCUGGAUACUGAUUUUGUAUCAAAUCAUGAUUAUUAGCACCUGUUGACAUCACCUGUUUCAAAUUACAUCAUUAUUUAAUUGUUUUACCACAUUAAAAAGCUAUGGAACAGUUUGAAUGUGGAGCUUAUGAAAUGUACAACUAUAAACCAGUUCAAAAAAAGGUAUAAGGAACAGAUCUUUACAAGGUAUAGGGAGGAGGAAUUACAAUAACAUGCUAUUGAUAAUAUAAGUGUAUAUAUGUGAGUAUGAGUACAUACGGAUAUGUAAUAUAAAAAGUGAGUAUUUGUAUAUAUAUAUAUAUAUAUAUA